CUGAAAUCCACGGAACGUUCGAGACAAGGCAACGCUCCUCGACCCCGAUCGCACACUUGUCCAUUGGCACGGAGUUGCGGGCGUGACAAAAGCUGCUAAGGAGCGGAUUGCGGAGCCAUGCCGAUGCUCAAUGUGAACACGAAUGUGCCCCUGGAUGCUGUUGUGAUUUCGGACAUUCUCAAAGAUGCCAGCAAAGCCAUCGCUCGUCUUCUCAGCAAGCCUGAAUCGUAUGUGAUGAUUUCAAUCAGGCACGGAGUACCAAUGUCUAUGGGUGGAAGCGAAGAACCUACUGCUUAUGCGGAGCUUAUAUCCAUUGGUGGCCUCACACCCCCUAAUAACAAGAAAAUUAGUGCUGCCAUCUCUGAAAUAUUGGAAAAGAAAGCCAGUAUUGAUCCGGGAAGGUUCUACCUCAAGUUUACCGACGUCAAGGGAAGUGACAUUGGCUACAACGGUUCCACGUUCUAAGACGGUCCUGGUCCAGUGAAGUGGCCUAAAGAUCGAUGGCAGCACUUUCAAGUUUAUAUAGUGAGGCAUUCUUAGCCGAGAACCUUUACUGACUUCAAGUUUUCCCUUUCUUACAAGCUGACGUGCAUUCAGCCGGCUAUGGAUGCUCUUCGCCUUUAGGCUGGAGAGUCUCCCGUUUGGAUUUUGAACCAGCAAUGUUGCAGAUUCUGAAAGUCGGAAUUGCUGAUCUCAACUAUGAGUUCAGUUUAACAGAAAAUAUGCUGUAUGCUCUAAGUCGCAGGUAGCUCAAGGAAAAAGGGGCACGAUUUCAAUUCCUCUGUCUCCGUUAAGUUUCCAAGUGUAAUAUCCAAAUUUUUGUAAAACAGGCAAGCUCGCCGGAUGUGUUAAGAGAGCUGUUUUGAGAGGAAUUUCUUCCUUUCAGACGAAGGAGAAAUAUUACAUACUUGUCUGGGACUGAUGUUGUACGUGAUAACGUUUGGGCCUUUUGAAGCAUUGAUGAUCGGGCGUUGCGCAAAGCUGCAGUCAUUUUCAGCUAGGACUAC